AUAAAAUUGACGGAUCGGUCAGCGCACGGAUGGUUUAUCGGAGGGUCAGUUUAUUUAGAGGGUGUUAAACAUUGGUAGGAAAUGUCAUAAAUUCUUAGCGAUGGCACGAUGACACGUGCUAAUUUCAUAACGUUAUGUUUUGUUGCUGUUAUAAAAUUCAGUCAAUCAUGUCGAAUCCCGGAAAAUACGGAAAUAAAGUUAACGUCGACUACAAAGCUCGACUCGAGCACAAAUUAUAUCUGGCUCGAGAAAAUCCAGAACCAGUAUUCGAUAUAUCUGAAUGCGCAUUAAAAAAUGUUCCGUCAGGGAUAUAUUCGCUGUGCAAAGUUUUUAGGAAAAAGGCUUUAUGGAUGCAAUUUAACAAACUAAGUACUCUCUCAGGAGGUGGUGCCUUAAGCGAUCUAUCGCUUCUUACUGUAUUGGAUCUCCGUCACAAUUGCUUUACAUGUUUACCUGUCGAGAUAAUGCAUCUUACGUCACUCAAAGAGUUGUAUCUACAAAAUAACAGCAUAAGAAAGCUGCCAAUGGAAAUACUGAACCUAACAAAUUUGUCCAUUUUUAACAUUGCUCAUAAUAAUUUAAAAUAUUUACCCGAGUCGCUCGGAGAUCUGAGACAUCUCACCGCGCUCGACAUAAGCCACAAUAAGCAUUUGGAUAAAUUACCGAAAUCUUUGGGCCACGUACAGUUACUAUCCGAACUAAAUAUUGACGGAUUGAAUCUCACGUAUCCAACUCAGGAUAUAAUCUCCGGUGGAGUCAUCGUGAUCGUUGCUUUUUUGGCAAGAGAAUGUGGAAUAGAGUAUAAACCGGAAAAUGUGAUACAAAAAACGGAUGUCGAGUGCGAUUUAAACUCUGAAGACAAAUGGACGAGCUACCAGAAUAAAGACAAUGAUAUUCAGGCCACAUUAAUGAAGCUAGAACAAAACAAGGAACACCGACAAAAUGCCCUUUUGGAAGUGGAAAGGAAUAUUCGAGAACAACAAAAGUACGAACACCAGUUACAGUCUUCGCUCAAAGCUCACCGAGAAAAGCUUCUGGAGGAUCUUGCGCUACAACAGACUCAAUUGGAACUGGAGAUCGAAAAAGUUCAACAGGAGAGGGACAGUAAUCGAACGCGCCUUUUGUCUUACAUCUAUAAUACGGAGCGAGAAGCCGAUAAUGUGAUAAAAGAAUUCUUAAGAAACAGCGAAGACGAGAGGCAAAGUCAAGCGGAGCUUCUCGAGAAAGAAAAACUUGAAGAAAGUCAAUUACUCUCAGCGUGUCACUCCGCACAAUUCAAUUUGCGUACAAAAGAUACCCUCUGUGCUAUGGAAGAAUUAUUGGGAGAAGAAUUACUAACGGAGCAAAAACUGGCUGAAUACACCAAAUUCCGAGAUUACACCGCCCAAUCUCUCUUGAGCUUGGAAGUGAGAAACAACGAACAUCUAACGCAGAUAGUACAAGACCAAGAGAGAACGAGACAAGAUUUGAUUGUCAGUUUACGCAAAGAUGAAGCGUUGCAAAAAGCUGCCGUUGCUGCAUUGCUCGAGGGUAGCGACACACGUUCCUGGAGCAUCGUUCAACAAGUAAACCUGGUCCAGGCACAGCUCGCAAACCUCACCGCGAUCGAAUUAGAGAGACGAAAAUUAGAAAUAAAUCAACAAAUAAAUGACAUAGCCGACAAAAGAGUAACUCUGAGCAUUAUUCUGAUGGACUUAUUGGAGCAGCAAGAAAAACGAAGAGAACAACUCAUCGCAACUAUCAACCAAAUCGCCCAACAACGACAUGCAGAUAUGACAAGAAGAGGCAGUCAGUUUUGGCUGAUGCAGUAUCAAUCUUUGAUGGAAACCAGACCUCAAGGAUUACUGGAAACGCUUGAACCAAUGUUGGUUCGCCACUUAGCUAUCGCCGGAGUGCUGCAUUGUCUCCCAUUUUUGAGUACACUACCUUCAUUAUUGCCUCACGUCACGGACGUUCAGCUCAUAGAGGCUGGAAUCAAGAGUCCUAGCGAUCGAGAAGCCAUCAUUCUAGCCACUGAGAAUUACAUAGAGGAGAAGAAGUUACAUGCUACCGAACAUUCGCAUGAACUACCAGCUGCAAGCGCCCCCCCAGAAGAGGAAGCUGCUGCGACUUCUAACGUAAAUGACACAACAAAUAAAACUGAAGAUAUGCAGGGUAUCAAUACCACGGAUUGUGUAAUCUGCCUAGACUUGAGCUGUGAAGUUAUUUUUCUUCCCUGUGGACACAUGUGCUGUUGCGCGAAUUGUGCUAAUAAAGUAUCAACGGAGUGCCCGAUGUGUAGAAGUGCCGUGAAGCGUAGAAUACGCGUUAUGACAACAUGAUCAUCGCAGUGAAUUUCGAAAAUAUUAAAUUCGCACAAUUGUUGAACAACGUUAAAUUUAUUCGUGAAUUCGGUGUACGAAAAAAAAACAAAAAGGAAAAAAAAAUAAUUAAUUUUUUUGCAUAAAUCGAAUCUUGUUUGGUUUUUUUUCUUUUUAUAUCGCAAAAGCGUGAACUUGGGCUUGUGAAAAUAUUCUGCCUUAAUUUUAAGGAAUAGUUCAAUUAUAUUAAAAAAAAAAAAACACGUAUCGAUGUCUCGUUAAGCAAGUGGAUUUGCAAAGAGUGAAAUUAUUAAAAGAUAUGAUAUUCAUUGAGGGAUUCUUUAUACGUCCCACAAAAGUAUUUAAGCUAAUCUUAUAACGUGGAUAGUCUGAUGCAAGUAAGUAUUUUAAAUACAUACCGAUGCAAAAAGUGAAUCUAUCCGGAAUAAUUCUAAAUUAAAAAAAUAAUAACGUACUAUCGCUGAAAUAUGAUGUACCGCACUUCAUAAGAAUGUAUGACUACCGAAUGGAGAUGCCAUGAUUUACGACUAGCUUAGCAUUUAAUUUUGAGCAGUUAAAAAACAUUUUGAUUCACCUAAUUAUUGUUAAAAAUGGCAGCCGCUAACGACUGCUACUUACAAUUAGAUAGUCAAUGAUUACUAUGUUAUGUCCGUGAAUAGUCGAGUACUAGUCUUUGUUUGUCCAUUUUGAUAAAAUAAAAGUGCCAUAUAUACAUAUAACGAUACGUAUAAACAUUAUUAUAUAUACACAACAUUAUGGUGUCGGUAUUUAUCUACAGAUUGUAAGUAAACAGAACUGAGAUAUUAGAUAGGUAACACGUAACAACUUUGAAACGAAGUAGAUGAUCGAUCCAAGUGAUAUGUUUAGCGACGUUAGUAAGAGGCGCAAAUUAUUUGCCAUUUAUGUAACACGUUUUGGAUAGUAAUGAAAAUUUUUUUAAUGAAUUUUGCAACGAGAGAUCAAUGUUCAACUUCUUUGAUCAAGCUAUAAAUGUGAAAUUUUUUUUCAAUCUCUAUGUUUAUCAAGAAAUCGAAUAAAUGAAUUCUCUCUCGACACGGUUUGCGACCACAAUUAAAAAAAGCUAUUUUUACCAAUUAAUCAUUGACAUACCGUUAAUUCAUCGUAACACGUAUCUAUAAAUAUUAUAUUACUCGAUAAAAUACACACUCCUAUGAGCAAUCUCUGCAUAAAUAUUAUGUAACCGAUUUACUAUCACACCAAUAUUGUCUUAUAUAUUAUUAAUAAAUUUUCUGAGACUGUUUACGUAA